AUGUUAUCCGCGGGAUCUCCCGGUGAACGUUACCCUGCACGAGCCCACCAUCUCAACACGUCGCUCUCGUCAGAUGCAUUCCGCGACCUGUCUACCACCUCUUCCAGCUCUACAAACCACUCUCAACCUCUCUCCUUGUCCUUCGGUGCAUCCUUGUCUAAUCUGUCCCGCUCGCGUCACCCUAGUUCCAACCUGCCGCUAUCAGUUAGAUCUCGCGAGAUCGGCCGCCCACGCCUGAUCGUCUUAAUCACCCAGUCGGGGGAAUAUUCUCAUUCAUCCCUAUCUCCCCGUCACGAGUCACCCUUCCCGAAGAUGAGCGGCUCGCUCAUCCUUCGUGUCCUUCGCGCCUCCCGCGUUAUUUGCAUUUUAUCGCACGUAUACGCCGCUGCGCGAUAG